GCCAGCGGUAGCAGUAGCAGUAGCAGCUGGGGGUAUUAAUGGCGCCGUAGCUCACUGUAUCUGCCCCCCCGUCCUCCGCCAUCGGCCAAGGCAAUGCAGCGCGCACGCUCAUCUUCUCCCUCCCUCCCCAGCUCUGACCUGACCGAGCUAGUAGCCAUAGCUUAAAUGCUUCGCAGAGCGAUGAGCUCGAUCGCCCGAUCCAACGCCGCAUAUAAUUGCUUGCCGCGCGCCAUGGCUAGCUAGCUCCGAGCUACUAGGAUAAAUACGCACGCGGCGAGCGAUCGAGCUGCAUUUGCGACAUUCUGAUCGGAGCUGGUAGCUAGCUCUCUUCUUGCGCUGUAACGUCGUCGUCGUCUUGGAUGGCGCCGCGAGGGAGGAACGGGGCGGCGGCCAUGGCGGUGGCGGUGGCGAGCGUUGUGGUGGCGUGGCUGGCAGGAGGCGGCGGUGGGGUCGUGGCGGCCGCCGCCGUCGGCGGCGGCGGUUGCGCGAGCAGCGACCGCUUGGAGGCGCUGCCGGGGCAGCCGGCGGUGGCGUUCGCGCAGUACGCCGGGUACGUGGCGGUGAACGAGGCGAGCGGGCGGGCGCUCUUCUACUGGCUCACCGAGGCCGCCGGCGACGCCUCCAUGAAGCCCCUCGUACUCUGGCUCAACGGAGGUCCUGGGUGCUCAUCGAUUGCCUAUGGAGCAUCUGAAGAGAUUGGCCCGUUCAGGAUUAAGACAAACGGGACAGGGCUUUAUCUGAACAAGUACUCAUGGAACAGAGAGGCAAACCUCCUGUUCCUGGAAUCACCUGCCGGAGUUGGCUUCUCCUACUCCAACACCACCUCGGAUCUCAAGACAUCAGGCGACGAGAGAACUGCUCAAGAUGCGUUAAAGUUCUUGGUCAGUUGGAUGUCGCGCUUCCCGCAGUACCGGCACCGGGAUUUCUACAUUGCCGGGGAAAGCUAUGCUGGGCACUACGUCCCCCAGUUGGCAAGGAAGAUCGUCGAGUUCAACAAGGCGUCACCAAAUCCUUUCAUCAACCUCAAAGGGAUCCUUGUGGGCAACGGUGUGACUGACAACUACUACGACAACAUCGGCACGGUGACCUACUGGUGGACGCACGCCAUGAUCUCCGACGCCACCUACAAAGCCAUCAUGUCGUCGUGCAACUUCACCAGCGCCAACGUCUCGCGGCUCUGCAACCGCGCCAUGAGCUAUGCCAUGAACCACGAGUUCGGCGACAUCGACCAGUACAGCAUCUACACGCCGUCCUGCGCCGCCGCCGCCGCCAACGUCAACGCCACCGCCACCGCCACCGCCGGCGGCCGCCACCGCCGCCGCCGCCGCGGCAAGGCCGUGCUGAGGUUCAAGGACACCUUCAUCCGUCGCCGGUCGUUCGGGUACGACCCCUGCACGGAGACCUACGCCGAGAAGUACUACAACCGGCCGGACGUGCAGGAGGCCAUGCACGCCAACACCACUGGGAUACCCUACAGAUGGACGGCCUGCAGUGAUGUGCUCAUCAAGACAUGGCGAGACUCUGAAUUCUCCAUGCUGCCGACCUACAGGUUGCUGAUGAAGGCCGGGCUGAGGGUGUGGGUGUUCAGCGGCGACACGGAUUCAGUCGUGCCGGUGACCGCGACGAGGUUUGCACUCAGCCAUCUUGGACUGAAGACUAAGAUCCGCUGGUACCCAUGGUACUCAGCUAGGCAGGUUGGAGGAUGGUCUGAGGUGUAUGAAGGGCUGACAUUUGCAUCAGUGAGAGGUGCUGGGCAUGAGGUGCCAUUGUUUCAGCCAAGGAGAGCAUUCAGAAUGUUCCAGUCAUUCUUGGCAGGGGAGCCAUUGCCAAAAUCCUGAUGGUUCUUGCCAAGAACCGAUAGGCGAGGAGUGUGAUUGAUUGUUCUUGGAAAAAGUAGGAGAAGAGAAUAAGGAUGGCUGUGCCAUGGAAACCAUGGGCAUUGCAACAAUGAGCUAAUAAACUUCUUUCACUCUGCUUACCACUGAA